UUGGGGGCCCAAACGAGCCUGCUUCCCCUUCUGGGUCUGCUGGCCUAAUUCCCAGCUGCAGCUGCCAGUCUGGCCCCCCCUCCACCCCCAGGCAAUCUCCCUGCAGAUUUGGCAGGGAGAAAGGAGGGGCUGAGGGAAGGGGAAUGAACCAGAGAGAGGAGUCAGCUCUAAUCUGAUGGAGAUGAUCCGGCAGCCUUCUCCAGUUCGGCUGCCCUCUGCCAUCAGCUCUCUGGGUGAUCUUUUCUGUGCCCUGUACUCUCCCCUCCUGCCUUCAUCUCCUUAAGAAAGUGCCCAGAAAGUUAAACCCACACAUACAAACACACACACAAUCCACUAAAAAAAAUUCAGAAAGCAGGAGCAGGCAGACGAGUAAGAGAGCACGCGCACAAGAGAGAGGGCUCAGAUCGGUCCUGGAGGAAGAGCGGCACAAGCAGAGGGAGACUGGGGUUGGCGGUGACCUGGACUAAGGUCUCUUAGCCCCCAGGAGCCUCCUUCAUGGACCCGGGGAUCCUGAGAGGGGCUGCCUCAGCUUAGGAUGGGCAACUGUGUCAAGUCUCCACUGAGAAAUCUCUCAAGGAAGAUGCGCCAGGAGGAGAAGACCAGCUACACAGUGGUGCAGACGAGCGAGGAGGGGCUGGCGGCCAGUGGCGAGCUCCCUGGACCGCUCCUGAUGCUGGCCCAGAACUGCGCCGUCAUGCACAACCUGCUGGGCCCUGCCUGCAUUUUCCUCCGCAAGGGCUUCGCUGAGAACAGGCAGCCUGACAGAUCACUGCGGCCAGAGGAGAUUGAAGAGCUCCGAGAGGCGUUCCGAGAGUUUGACAAGGACAAGGACGGCUACAUCAACUGCCGGGACCUGGGCAACUGCAUGCGCACCAUGGGCUACAUGCCCACCGAGAUGGAGCUCAUUGAGCUCUCCCAGCAGAUCAACAUGAACCUGGGUGGCCAUGUGGAUUUUGAUGACUUUGUGGAGCUAAUGGGACCUAAACUCCUGGCGGAGACGGCAGAUAUGAUUGGAGUAAAGGAACUGCGAGAUGCUUUCCGAGAGUUUGACACCAAUGGUGAUGGGGAGAUAAGCACCAGUGAGUUGCGAGAGGCCAUGAGGAAACUCCUGGGUCAUCAGGUGGGACACCGAGACAUAGAGGAAAUUAUCCGAGAUGUGGACCUCAAUGGAGAUGGACGAGUGGACUUUGAAGAGUUUGUCCGGAUGAUGUCUCGCUGAGGCCGCAAGGGCCCCUCGCUGAGCCCCGCAAGGACUGCCAAGCUCCCACAGGUGGGGAGAAGAGGAGCCGGAGCACGCCUCACCCCACCGUAGCCGCCGAGAGCCCAGGAUGUACUGGCGGAUGGGGCCUGCCUGCACCCCGGGGAGGUGCCCACCCCGGACCCCCACCCCUCCGCACUGUGAAAGACUCACAACUCCUGCAACUGGAAAGGGGGGCGCCCGCCGACGAGGAGGCCACAGUGCCAAGCCGGCAGAGGUCAUGCCAGGCGCCAAGUGCCAUGUACCCAGUCGCUGCUGGCUGGGUGGGCCAGGGAGCCCGCCAGAAGACCCCACACAGCAUGUCUGCCCUGGGUCAGAGCCUCUUGCCAUCCUCCUUAGCUCUGUGCCUGUCCCAGCUCGCCUCAGCCCUGUUAUCUCAGAACCAAUAAAAAUAUUUCCAAGAG